GUGAGCUCUAGUAAGUUCCUCCCAGUCCGCCAUAUUGGAUCUGUAGAAUUUUUUAUUUACUACCUAAACACAACAUAUUCUAGAAAUCUAGUGCUGUGUUUAGCUACAAACAUUAUCAAAGAUGUCUGACCGUAAGGCAGAAUUAGAGAGAAAGAGAAAAAAGCUGGAAGAGAUUAGGCGGGCUAGGGAGGAAAAGAAACGGCAAGAACAGGACAGUGCUAAGACGGCUGCAAAAGCUGCGGCGGCUAGUUCUGCAAAAGUCGAAUCUGAUAUCGAUAGAAAGAAGCGCGAAGCUGAUGAACUGCUCAAGGGUAUACUACCAGACGAUGUCAUAGAUGGAACUGGGGUUUCAGUGCCACACCCACUGCCUAUAAAAACGGCAUCUGUACAAGACCAGGCACAAGUCCAGUCAGCACCAGCAGCUGUUAUUCCAAAAAAAGCCCCAAAACUUGUUAUGUCGCAGACUGCUCAAACUAACAUACCACCUAAGUUGCCAGUGCUGUACAGUAAGGAAACACAAACACCAGUAGUUGAUAAGGAUGAAAAAGAGGAGGAGGAAGUUAAACCCAAGCCGAUACAGCAAGAGUCCCAGCCAGAAACAGAAGAGAAAACAGAGCAACAUAAGGAAGAGGAAGUUGUGAUAGAGUUAAGUGAGGAACAGAAAGACCAAAUUCUUGGUUCGCAAGAGUUUAGUAGGUUCUUUGACAAGGCUGUGAGGCUGGUUGAGCGAGCACUCACAGAGGAUCUGGACAUUACCAUUGAUUACUCUGGUGCCGAGGGGGAUGACCUUGAAGGGGGCUCUCAAGCUGCAAGAGAACUUACUCUUAGCAGAGAUUUCUAUGAUGAAAGAUGGUCUCGCCACCGUACAGUCACAUGCCUCGACUGGUCCAACCAGUACCCUGAACUACUUGUUGCUUCAUACAAUAAUAACGAAGACGCCCCCCAUGAACCUGAUGGGGUGGCUCUCAUCUGGAACCUUAAGUUUGCCAAGACCACACCUGAGUACAUUUUCCAUUGCCAGUCAGCUGUGAUGUCCGCCACAUUUGCCAAGUUUCACCCAAAUCUGAUCAUUGGUGGUACAUACUCUGGUCAGAUAGUACUGUGGGAUAAUAGGAGCAGUAAGAGGACACCUGUUCAGAGGACGCCGCUAUCGGCCACGGCACACACACAUCCAGUGUACUGCGUUAAUGUGGUGGGUACACAGAACGCUCACAACUUGAUCAGUGUGUCAACGGACGGCAAGAUGUGCUCCUGGAGUCUUGACAUGCUGUCCCAGCCGCAAGAUAGCAUGGAGCUCCAGUACAAGCAGUCAAAGUCUGUAGCUGUCACAUGUAUGUCCUUUCUUGCUGGAGAUGUGAACAAUUUUGUGGUCGGCAGUGAGGAGGGUACUGUCUACACAGCCUGUCGCCAUGGCAGCAAGGCUGGCAUCAGUGACGUAUUUGAGGGCCAUUACGGCCCUGUGACAGGGAUUGAUACUCAUUCUGCAUCGGGGCCUAUUGACUUCUCCCAUCUGUUCCUGACAUCCUCGUUUGAUUGGACACUUAAGCUCUGGAGCCACAAGAGUCCCCGCCCUUACUACUCCUUUGAAGACAAUGGUGAUUACAUUUAUGAUGUGAAGUGGUCGCCCAUCCACCCUGCCCUCUUUGCGACUGUUGAUGGCACUGGGAGACUGGAUCUAUGGAACCUUAAUAGUGACACUGAGGUCCCUAUCGCCAGCACUGCUACAGAGUCUCUGACAGCUUUGAACAAUGUCCAAUGGACGCAAUCUGGACAGCAGAUCUCAGUCGGAGAUGAUGAUGGCAGGGUUUAUAUCUAUGAUGUAGGCGAGCAACUAGCGACGCCCCGCAAUGACGAAUGGAGCAGGCUUCAGCGGACCUUGCAAGAUAUUCAGGCUAAUGCCGCUGGCUCUGUUAGUGAGACUGUGGGCUCGCCACGCAUGUCGCCAUCCAAAAUCCCCUUUACAUGAAAACCAAAGAGUUAAGUAUAGAAGUCAAAUAGAAAAAGGAGAUCCUUUUAAAAGCAUCUAUCCAGUACUAUAUGUAGUCCUAUAUAUAUCUAGUACUAUACUUAUCUAUUGCAAUUUUCCUUGUGAUUGCUUGUUAUGAUAAGCUAUAUGUUGUAAUGGAUAUUUGCAGUAUUUGAUGGUACAUGCGUCUCUGGAAUAGCUAAAAGAACUUAUUGUGGGAUACCUGUGUUAGUACAGUUUUAUAGGGGGACUAAGUCGAAAGGCAGACCAAUAAUAGGCCAUAAGGCUUUCUACCACAGCUAGCCUGCUUGAGAUAUCUGUGUAUACUUUACAAUGAGUUUUAUAGAGUUAAAUGUGUCAUAUGGCCCCUAUGCUGUCUCCAGGGAGUGGAGCAAUGCAUGUUAUUCCUGUGAUUCCUUUAUCAUAACCCUGGGGACCAGGGGCUCGUUCUUACCCUGGUCACACCCUCUUUGCGUGCUUAUAAUGAUCUUGGGUCCCGUGCAAAAGGGAACUUAGUGAUAUAUGGGGUCAAUAAAAUUAUGUAGGAUAUUACAGUUGUAAUUAAAUAUUUAUUACCUGUGCUGAAAUACUAAAUAAAACUAAAUUACACAA